GUCAUUUGUUCCGGACCUAUGCGGAAGAGUCAGGACUUGCAAGACAUAAAAUGUACUCUUUAAUAGAAUCUAUUAUGAAAAAUAAGAUUGUCAAUUAUUAUGCAUUCAGAACGCUAAAUACAAAUAAACAUCUGCUCUCUAAUAUAUCUACGGUCGAUGUUUCAGCAUCAGCAGUAUAG